AUGUUAUUAUCACUAAAUUGUUUGAUUCAAGAAACAAAUAUUUGUUUCAUGAUUAAUGUUGGUGAUAUUUACAUAAAUGACGAUAGUCUUGAGGUUCCCUUUAAAGACUUCACCAUUUCAAACUUUAAAGAGCAACUCUUUUAUAAGCAAAGUGUAAAAAAUGUAGUUAAAGGUCCUGAUAAUAUGGAUCUUUUGAAAGUUGAGUUUGACCUUAAAAGCCUUAAAUAUAAAAUCAAAGAUGAGAUUAUAAAUGUUGGCAUGAUAAUGGAUCCUUGGUUGUUAUUUGCUAAAUAUUUUAAUGAAAGUGACAAAAAACCUGAGAGAGAUCACCUUCAUAUCAUCAUUGUAGUCCCUAUCACUGUUCAAGAUAUCAGUAGUCAAAUUCUUAACAAACUUCAGAAAAGACCUAAAAUGAUGCUUCUAAAUGUUAAAUCUCUUAAAGGACUUAUUGAUAAGGAACUCCCUGAAGAAAUUAAAUUACCUCUAACUCAAUAUGAAUUCGAUAUAUUAAUAUCAAAUGAUAUCAGUGAUAUCUGCAGUUCAAAUGAUCUUAAUAAUAAUUCUCAAAACAUAAGUCUUAGUAAUGAACAACCUGACUAUAAUUUAAUUCUCAAUCAUAUUUAUCCAUUUAGAGAAGAGGAAAAAUUAUCUAGAAACAAUGAAGAUCUAAAAUUUGAACUUGAACGCAAACUUGUGUGGACUUACGAUCCUGCUCUAUAUAUUUUAGGUUAUUAUACAAAUGGUGUUAAAGCAGGAACAUAUCUUUCAUCUGUGAAGGAUAAUCAAUUUAAGCUUAAUUAUCAAGUUAGGUGGUCGUCAAAUGUUGAGAUGUUCGAUAAAUAUAUUAGAAAGACCUAUAUUAGUCCUAAUGUACAUGAUCAUGUUGAGAGGCUUGUCAAUGUUUAUGAAAAAUUGAUACAUAAAGGAAUACCAAAUGUUGAUCAUCUAGAUUAUAUUAACAAAGAGAAAGGCGUGAUAUACCUUUCUCCAAAAGGAAUGAGCGUAAGACUAAAAGAUCAGCAGAAAUUAUUUGAAGCUAUUACCUGUGUUCUUGAGAUAUUGAUAGUAAAUGCACUUGAUGAACUAUUAAAAUGGAUUAUUAUAGACUGGGAAGAUGUCAUUAGAUAUUCAAAUAAUUUAGCAAACCAUCUUACAACUGAAGAACAUAUUCCAGAA